AUGGCAAGCCACGGCAACAAUGAAGCGGCGGACUUGGAGGAACGCGUGUCGUACAUCCACUCGAACACGGCCAAAGACGAUGAUGGGUACGUCGAAGCGAAAUCACCCAAGGACCUGGAAGAUGGGGCGCUGACUGAAGGGGGUGCGCUGGACUUGUUCUCCCGCGAAGCGUUUGCCCUGUUCAUACAGUACGGCGCCAUCGGGAUCAUAUACAACAUAAUCCCCGCGCUCCGUUAUCCCAUCUUCAACAUCUACCUCAACUUGGAGGGUUACCAAACGUCGUCGUACAAGGUGUUGACUGUGAUCGGGUGGUCGUUCAAGGUCAUAUUUGGCCUGUUGUCGGAUUGCUUCCCCAUCUAUGGCUAUCGUCGCAAGUCGUGGAUUUUGAUCGGGUGGACCGUCACGAUGACCUGUCUGAGUGUGAUGGCGUUUUCGCCGUUCGGCGAGCCGUUUUGCAACCGCGAAAAGACCAAGUAUUGUGGUACACCGUUGGAAGAGGUGCCAGAGCACGAGCUGCAGUACUUCAACUUCUCCGCCCCCGACAACGGCACGCUGUUCAUUCUUCUGUCGAUGUUUAUUGCGUUUGGGUACGUCUUGGCUGCGAGUGCGUCGGACGCGAUGGUGGUCGAGUACGCCCAGCGAGAACCCGUUGCCAUCCGAGGCCGCAUCCAGACCGCCACCUACACAGUGCGCUCGGUCGCAGGCAGCCUCUCUUACUUGGUGAGUGCGUUCGGGCUGAACGGCCCCAACUACGGCGGGUCGUUUUCGUUUGCGUUGUCGCCGAAUGCUCCGUACGGCAUUGCCUUGGCGCCGUGUGUUCUGGUGGUGCUCUCCACGAUAUUUGUUCUCGUGGAGAAGAAGUCUGAGCCUGUGUCCUUCCUCCUAUGGUGGGGCAGGUUUUGGGAAUCUCUCAAGAGUCGCGUGUUGUGGCAAGUUUGUUUGUUCCGAUUCCUCAGCAACGUGUUCAAUGGCGUCGGCACCACUGCGACAUUACCCAUUCAGACGUACUGGGCGGGAGUCGAACCUCUCAACGAUGCGCUCUCGGACAUCAUUGGCAGUUUGCUGUUAGCUACUGUUUUGGUGAUUGUGGGCAAAUGGGGGCUUCACUGGAAUUGGCGCUGGACCAUCGCCGCCGGUACCCUCGGGAUGGUCGUCGUCGACGGCUUUGUCGUGUUCUUGACCAUCUGGAACGUCGUGCGCAACCAGUGGUUCUUCAAUGGAGUGGGCAACAUCAUGUCCAUUUUCCCCUCCACCAAGUGCUACCGUGUCGCAGGGGGCAACGGAGUGUUGGACCCCAAGACGGGCAAGUGCCCCCAGAAGGACGUCGUUCGCAACCAGUGGUACUAUAAAGUCAUGGCGCUGGCCGACAACGUCCCCACUGGCCACGUAUGUGACGGUGGAAGUGGCGGCGCAGCGUACGGCCUGAUCACGACAUCAACAACCUCGCAAGCCCGUUUGACGGUAUUGCCUACAAGUACGUCGCCUGGUUCUUCAGGGUGUCCCAGAACGACCCCAGGAGCGACAGAAACCACCGACGCGCGGGGAUGA